AUGGUGCUGUUGUUCUGGGUUGCUACCCUCCACCCACCACCAUGCCAUGUUUUGAGCCACCCCGUUGCGCAGCGCGCACUAAUGGCUGCUGCUCUCCUUCAUUCAGCCAUGCUUUCUGGCGCCUCACUGCAUGCCUCCAUUCCUCCCCCAUCCCCCUCCCCCCAUCAUUCCCCCCCACCACACCAGGCGCCGGACAGGAUGCACAAUGCGCACAAGGGGUUGGUGCUGUUCUUCGUGGGGGCGGGGCUGAACCCCGUCAACCAGGUGCACAUCCCGGGGAGCGACGAGAUCUUCAUCCGCCUCGCUGCUCCGUACGUGCCCUCCACUGCCCUCCACUGCCCUCCACUGCCCGCCCACUGCCCGCCCACUGCCCUCCACUGCCCGCCCACUGCCCUCCCACUGCCCGCCCACUGCCCUCCACUGCCCGCCCACUGCCCUCCCACUGCCCGCCCACUGCCCUCCACUGCCCGCCCACUGCCCACCCACUGCCCGCCCACUGCCCCCACACAUCCACUGCUUGCUUCUCUGUGUGUGCUGUCCACUUUGUCUGUGCCUCCCCCAGUGUCUGUAUCUCUACACGUCUCACGUCUACAGCAGCUCUCAGCUUCCACUUCUCCUCUCCCCUUCUCCCCUCCCCUCGGUCUCCGUUAUCCUUUCCCUCCCAUGCAACGUGCAUGCAGCAUGGUGGUGGAUCUGGGCAUCCUGGAAAUGAUGCUACAGCAGGUGCCCAUGAUGCCUAUCAGCUUCAAAGUGGGUCCCCCUGGCAUAGGCCCGCGGGCUGAUCUGAUUGAAGAGGAAAUCACCGCCCGUGAGUGCAAGAUGAACGAGUGCGAGAUGAACGAGUGCAAGAUGAACGAGUGCGAGAUGAACGAGUGCAAGAUGAACGAGUGCAAGAUGAACGAGUGCGAGAUGAACGAGUGCGAGAUGACGAACACCAUCGCCAUGUUCCUGGACCAUCCAGACGAGUGGGAGUGGCUCACCCCUCUGCCCAUGGCCAAGUCCAUCAUCCGCGCCCUCGAUGCCACGCAGCUCGCUUCUAUCAUCCGCGCCCUCGAUGCCACCCAGAUCGCUGUCAGGGACCUGCUGCCCCACGUGCCCGUGAGUCGAUGUCUCCACACGUACGUGUGCCAGUACCUGAACCACUACCUCGCAUCUCUCUCACCACCUUGCAUGCUGCAAGUUGCAUCAGUGGGUGUAAGGCCCUCUCACUUCACCCCCCUGCCUGCCCAUGGCCAAGUCCAUCAUCUGUGCCUUCGAUUCGCUGCCGCACGUGCUGGUGAGAUAGUGUGCGCAUCAGGUAAGGAUGGCGUGCUGAGUGCUGCUGCUGCUGCUGCUGCCCAUGUGCUGGUGGAGGGGUUUGUUUCCAUCGGAGUGAGCAAGCGAGCAGGCAUGUCCUACUUCGCCGCAGCUUUAGACAAGCGAGUGGUGGCGUUCAUAACGUACGGCUACGAUGUGCUCAACGUGGUGCCCAAUCUGCAGCACAUGCACGACUCGCUGGGCGGCUGGCCCAUUCUGCUCAAGUUCAACUCCGAGUACAACAUCAGCCAGCGCCUCCACUCCCACCACUACCGCAAGAUGGCGGAAGCCAUCGACCCAUACACGCUCAUCGACCGCAUGGACAUGCCCAAGCUGCUCAUCUCCGCCUCCAACGACGAGUUCUUCCUCAUCGAUGACUCCUACUAUUUCCUGAAGGACAUGCCACAGCCCACGCAGCUCAAGAUAGUGCCCAACCUCUACCACAUGGUCAUCCAAAACUCCUUCUGGGCCUGCAACGCAUGUCUGUCCUUUUUCUCCUCUCUCCUGCGCCUCUUUCACCGCCUUCCUCCUCCCCACCUCCUCUUUCCCUUACUCUCCCUCCUCCCUCCCUCUCACCUUCCCCCAACCAUCAGGCAUACGACGCAAGUAUCUCCUUCUCCUCUAUCCUCGAAGUCGAUUCCUCCUGUGCCUCUCUCCCCGCCUCCUCCCGCCCUUCCCUCACCUGGACUCGACCCAACACCUCCUCCACUUCUUCCUCUUCCUCCUCCUCAUCUUCAUCCUCUUUAA